AUGGACAAGAGUAUAAGUGCAUCAGAAAUAGCAAAAUCGGGUCGUUUCUGGGCAUAUCAGAGGUUCGUGUUCAAGGCGAAACAAAGGAGUUCGUGGUGUUCCAACUCACUGCUGAGAAAGUGGGAAGAUCAUCGCUUCCAGUGGGUUGAUGAAGCUUUAGCUGAAGAGAUAUCUUUGGUUGAAGAAAGACAACGAGAAGUAGAUGAAGCUUUAGCUAAAGAGAUUUGUUUGGUUGAAGAAAGACAAAUAGCAGUUGAAGAAGAAUUAGUAGAUAUGAGGAAGACUGAGAAAAGUGAAAAUGAUGUGGCUUUGCAGAACAAUGGGUGUCUAAGUGUCUUUGGAUGGCUUUGUUGUAAACUUUGGUAA